AUGUCAUCACAGUGCGGCACUGAGCGGUGUACAGCGAAUACUAACAGUGACGUCAUAGACCGAAACAGUGGAUGUGACGUCAUAGACAGAAACAGUGGAUAUGACGUCAUAGAAUGGUUCCAUGACAACAUCGAUGGUUCCCAGUCAGUCACCGACAAAACUUGGUGGUGUUCACACGUACAUUUGUUGCUCUUGCGCAACUUCAAAUUUGUUGCUGGUCUGUGUCUGUUUGCUCAAGUCUUCAUCUCAUCCAAAUAUCAGAUGAAGAUGUAUCCAGAAGAACGGCGGAAGAGUAGGAAAUUACUCUCCCCCAUACUCGAGGCGAAUGAGCGUCAAUCUAACCCUCCCAGUCCAAGAACUCCAGAACUACAUCACGUUUUACUUGUUCAGUACAUGGACCUGAAAUCUCAAGUCGGGGAUUUGGAAGAAAGGUAGACACAGUUUCGAUUCAUAUUUUCUUGUCGUGUAUGUGACAGCUGCUGAAUACUGAAAUUUAAUCUAGACCUGACACACGUUAUUAUUUGUCAGUGAUAAGACGUAGCACCAUGUAUAUAGGU